AUGUCUUCAGCAAAGACGGUGCAGGCCCUAACGCCGGCCGCCGUCCAGGCCGCAUACGAUCUGAUCCAGCCAUAUGUCCACCGCACACCGUUGCUAACCUGCCAAACUCUCGACGCCAUCGCCUCGACCCCGCAGUCGACCGAGGCCCUGGUGGACACGCCAUUCGAGGGCCAAACGCCCGCGCGGCCAAACUUCCGAUUCUACUUCAAAUGCGAGAACCUGCAGCGAAUCGGUGCCUUCAAGGCUCGCGGCGCAUUCCAUGCUCUGCUGCGGCUGGUCGAGGAGCGCGGAGAGGAAGAGGUCAAGCGGCGCGGGGUGAUUACGCAUAGCUCCGGUAACCAUGCACAAGCCCUCGCUCUCGCCGCAUCGACCCUGAACAUACCUGCCUACAUCGUGAUGCCGCGCAUCAGUACCCCGUCUAAAAUUGCCGGCACCAAGUCACACGGAGCAGAAGUAAUUUUCAGUGGAUCUACAAGUGUAGAGCGCGAGGCCGUGGUUGCAGAGCUCCAGGCGAAGACGGGUGCUCUUUUGGUGCCCCCGUAUGACUACUUCGAUGUCAUCUGCGGGCAGGGCACAACUGCGCUGGAGCUGGAAGCGCAGUAUGCUGAGCGCGGCUCAGGCAUUCUGGAUGCAGUGAUCACUCCUGUGGGUGGCGGCGGUCUCAAUGCCGGUGUAGCGACCUAUUUCUCCGACAAGCCGCAGACACUGGUAUUCGGCGCAGAACCCAGCUUCGAGGGCGCCGACGACUGCCGUCGUGGGUUGCAGGCCGGUCAGCGUGUGGAAAAAGUUUCGACUCUGACAAUUGCAGACGGUCUGCGCACACCCGUGGGAGUCUUGAACUGGGAAGUGAUUUCAGACAAACGCAAGGUAGAAGGGGUCUUCGCCGUCACGGAAGAGCAGAUCAAGGCCGCGAUGCGUUUGGUUUUGGAGCGAAUGAAGGUCGUGGUGGAGCCGAGUGCAGUGGUCGGACUUGCAGCAUGUCUCUUUAACGAAGAUCUUCGACGACGCGUCGAGCAAGAAGGCGGCGAGAAAGGGUGGGACGUGGCGAUCGUGUUCAGUGGAGGCAACACGACCGUCGAGGCCAUUAGCAAGCUGUUUGGCUGA